CGCAUGCGCACUGCGCCCAACAUGUCAGCUAGCGAUACACACAGCAUGAGAGGGCACACGAUGAUGCUGAGCUUUAAAACAGAACAUUUAAUAGGAAUAUAGCUGGUGUCAGUACUUCCGUGGCUCCGAAUACUGAGAAUAGAAUUUGUUAAUUUAUAAAUUAGACAAAAUGUUUCGGCAGACGAGGGCGGUGCUUCAGAAAUUUCGCUGUGUUCGUGUUAAUGGACAACAGCAGACAUGGAGGCUGAAAAGCACGUCAGCAAGAGAGAAGGCCCUUCUGUACCAGCCAGGACAAAAACUACAUGGGUUUAUAGUCAGAGAGGUGGUAGCAGUCCCAGACGUGUGUCUCACGGCAGUAAAGCUGGCUCAUGAGCACACUGGAGCUCAGUAUUUGCACGCAGCCAGAGAUGACUCAAAUAAUCUCUUCAGUGUCCAGUUUAGGACAACCCCCCUGGACAGCACCGGGGUUCCCCACAUCCUGGAGCAUACGGUCCUGUGUGGAUCCAGGAAGUAUCCUUGUCGGGACCCCUUCUUCAAGAUGCUCAACCGGUCCCUGUCUACGUUUAUGAACGCCUUCACAGCCAGUGACUACACCAUGUACCCGUUCUCCACCCAGAACGGAAAAGACUUUCAGAACCUUCUGUCGGUUUAUCUGGAUGCAGUUUUCUUCCCGUGUUUACGAGAGCAGGAUUUCUGGCAGGAAGGCUGGAGGCUGGAGAACGAAGAUCCCACUGAUUACAAGUCUCCUCUUGUCUUCAAAGGCGUGGUGUUUAACGAAAUGAAAGGAGUGUUUUCGGACAAUGAGCGUUUGUUCGCCCAACACCUUCAGAACAAACUCUACCCAAAUCACACCUACUCUGUGGUGUCGGGGGGAGAGCCUCUGGCAAUCCCAGAUCUGACCUGGGAACAGCUGAAACACUUCCACGCCACACACUACCAUCCCAGCAAUGCUAGGUUCUUUACUUAUGGAGAUUUGCCGUUGGAGAAUCAUCUGGAGCAAAUUCAAGAAGAAGCUCUGUGCCAGUUUGAGCGCAUCGACCCGAACACAGAGGUCCCCCCUCAGCCUCGCUGGACCAGCCCAAGAGAGGACCAUGUGACCUGCAGCCCUGAUGCUCUGGCUCCUGAUCAAAGCAAACAGAACACGCUGUGUGUGAGCUACCUGCUGGGAGACAUCACCGAUACGUUUGAAGGAUUCACUCUCAGCCUGCUGUCCUCGCUGAUGGUCUCUGGACCAAACUCUCCCUUCUAUAAGUCUCUCAUCGAACCCAAGAUUGGCAGCGACUUCUCCUCUGUGGUUGGGUACGACGGAAGCACCAAAGAGGCGUCGUUCAGCAUCGGGCUGCAGGGGAUGGCUGAGGAGGACACGGAGAGGGUCAAACGCAUCAUCAGCCAAACCAUCGAUGAAAUCAUACAGAAUGGCUUUGAGAGUGAGAGGAUCGAGGCUCUUCUCCAUAAAAUUGAGAUUCAAAUGAAACAUCAGUCGACCAACUUUGGCCUGGCCCUGGCCUCGUACAUAGCUUCAUCCUGGAACCACGGCGGCGACCCGGUGGAGCUGCUGAAAAUCAGCGACAGCGUCGCCAAGUUCAGGCAGGCUCUGAAAGAAAACCCUCGCUUCCUCCAGGACAAGGUCAAAUUCUAUUUGAAGGAGAACACGCAUCAGCUGACCCUGAAGAUGAGCCCAGACGAGGACUACAUGGGCAAACAAACCCAGGCUGAAGAGAUAAAACUUCAGGAAAAGAUUCAACUUCUCUCUGACGGCGACAAAAAACAGAUUUAUGAGAAAGGUUUGGAGCUGCUGGAAGCUCAAAGUAAAACUCAGGAUGCUUCCUGUCUGCCGGCUCUCAGAGUGUCCGACAUCGAGCCAGCCAUUCCCAUCACUCCUGUUCAGAUGAGCUCUGCAGGUGACGUUCCGGUUCAGCUCUGUGAACAACCCACCAACGGUCUGGUGUACUUCAGGGCCGUGUGCAGUCUCAACACGCUGCCGGAGGACCUCAGGGCUUACGUCCCGCUCUUCUGCAGCAUCAUCACUAAGAUGGGUUGUGGAGAUCUGGACUACAGGCAACAGGCCCAGCAGAUGGAGCUGAGGACAGGGGGGAUGUCCGUGUCCCCCCUGGUCGUCCCUGACUCCACCCAAAUGGACACAUUUGAGCAGGGCAUCCUUUUAUCCUCCUCCUGCCUGGAAAGGAACCUUCCUCACAUGUUUCAUCUGUGGAGCAACAUAUUCAAUAAUCCCCACUUUCACGACGAGGAGCGCCUGAGAGUGCUGGUGAUGAUGUCAGCCCAGGAGCUGGCCAAUGGCAUCUCCUACUCUGGUCACAUGUACGCCAUGACACGGGCGAGCCGGCACCUGACCCUGACGGGAGUCCUCCAGGAGACCUUUGAUGGGAUGGAACAGGUGAAGUUCAUGAAGAGGAUGGCUGAGAUGCCAGAUCUCUCUCAGGUCAUCCGAACUUUACCCAGAAUCAAGAAACACCUUCUGAACCCGGAACACAUGAGAUGUGCCAUCAAUGCAACGCCUCAGAUAAUGUCUGAGUCCGCAGCACAGCUGGAGAGUUUCAUGCAGGACGUAGCUGAAACCAAAAGAGAACGCAAACCUGUGAGGACAAACAUUAUCAAGAAACCGCUGGACCCUCAGGGGAAGUCUGGCGCCAGUAGAAAACUCGUAACCGAGCCAAACUUCCAGCCGUGUCAGAUGAAAACAUUCUUCCAGAUGCCGUUUCCUGUGAACUUCGUCAGCGAGAGCAUCCGUGCGGUCCCGUUCUGCCACCAGGAUUACGCCAGUUUGUGCAUCUUGGCGAGGAUGAUGACGGCAAAGUUCCUCCAUGGAGAAAUCCGUGAGAAGGGUGGAGCCUAUGGGGGCGGAGCCAAAAUGGGAGGAGGGGGCGUGUUCUCCUUUUACUCCUACAGGGAUCCAAACUCGGUGCAGACGUUAUCUGCCUUCCGUAAAGGUGUCGACUGGGUCAAGUCAGGCCAGUUCACUCAGCAGGACAUCGACGAAGCCAAACUGUCGGUGUUCUCGGCCGUGGACUCUCCUGUGUCCCCCUCAGACAAAGGAAUGGGUCUUUUCCUCAGCGGGCUCUCCGAUGAGAUGAAGCAGAACCACAGAGAAAAACUCUUCGCUGUUGAUCAUAAAGGCUUAGUGGACGUGGCUGAAAGGUACCUCAGUGUUGGUCAGAGGACAUGUGGCGUCGCCAUCCUGGGUCCAGAGAACGAUGCGAUCAAAAAGGAUCCCUCAUGGAUCUUGAAAUAAUAUUUCUUAGGUAUUUUAAAACUGAAAACCUCUCAGACUUGACAACCAAACACAAAUGCUCGAAUGAUUUUAAAUGUUGGUGAGAGAGGCUGAAACGCACAAGCUGCACACACAGAAGGAGACCUGGUCACUGUUGUGUAUUCCGCUAUGUACAUACCCAUGAAGAUACCUCAGUUUAUGAUAUUAAUACAGAAGUGUUGAUCAAAAAGGAUGUUUUAGCAUCUGUUGUUUACUAAAUGGGUCAAAGGCACCUUCACACCACAGUACUGUUAAAAUCACACGUAUUAAACCGUGUCUGCGCUUCUUUUAUCCCGUUUCACAACUUGAAAUAAAAAGACAAAUUUUCUUUUGGAGCCAAAAAGACAAA